AGUGCCAGCGGCUGCAGCCCGCACCACGCCAUCUCCAUCUCCAUCUCCAUCUCCGCCCCGCGCCUCCCGCGGCCCGGCUCCCUUUGCUCGGCUUCCGCGCAGCUUUUGUUCCCUCCGCCGCCUCCACCCUGGCUGAGCUGGCACACAUGCCGUGCCGCUCCCUCACUCCCUCCGCUGGGCGCCGCCGCGGGAGCGCCCAGAAGCCCGGGGCUGCGGGGCCGCGGGGCCGGCCCACCAUGGGCUCUGAAGGCGACAGCUGUGACCGGCCCCGGCUCUGACUCGCUGCCCUGAGCUGCCGGGCCGCUGGGGCCGCAGGAGAGGACUGGCCAAGGUGCCCAGCGACCUGACCGCCGAGGAGCGGCAGGAGCUGGAGAACAUCCGGCGCCGCAAGCAGGAGCUGCUGGCGGACAUCCAGAGGCUGAAGGAUGAGAUAGCGGAAGUGGCCAAUGAAAUUGAAAACCUGGGCUCCACAGAGGAGAGGAAGAACAUGCAGAGGAACAAGCAGGUGGCCAUGGGCAGGAAGAAAUUUAACAUGGACCCUAAGAAGGGGAUCCAGUUCUUGAUAGAGAACGACCUGCUGAAGAACACCUGUGAGGACAUCGCCCAGUUCUUGUAUAAGGGCGAGGGGCUCAACAAGACAGCCAUCGGGGACUACCUGGGGGAGAGAGACGAGUUUAACAUCCAGGUUCUCCACGCGUUUGUGGGCUUACACGAGUUUACCGACCUAAACCUGGUCCAGGCGCUGCGGCAGUUCCUGUGGAGCUUCCGGCUGCCGGGAGAGGCGCAGAAGAUCGACCGGAUGAUGGAGGCGUUCGCCCAGCGCUACUGCCAGUGCAACCCCGGCGUGUUCCAGUCCACGGACACGUGCUACGUACUCUCGUUCGCCAUCAUCAUGCUGAACACCAGCCUGCACAACCCCAACGUCAAGGACAAGCCCACGGUGGAGAGGUUCAUCGCCAUGAACCGCGGCAUCAACGACGGCGGGGACCUGCCCGAGGAGCUGCUGCGGAACCUCUACGAGAGCAUCAAAAACGAGCCCUUCAAAAUCCCGGAGGACGACGGCAACGACCUCACGCACACCUUCUUCAACCCGGACCGCGAGGGCUGGCUCCUGAAGCUCGGAGGCGGCCGCGUCAAGACCUGGAAACGCCGCUGGUUCAUCCUGACCGACAACUGCCUGUACUACUUUGAGUACACGACGGACAAGGAGCCCCGGGGCAUCAUCCCGCUGGAGAACCUGAGCAUCCGGGAGGUGGAGGACUCCAAGAAGCCCAACUGCUUCGAGCUGUACAUCCCGGACAGCAAGGACCAGGUCAUCAAGGCCUGCAAGACGGAGGCGGACGGGCGCGUGGUGGAGGGCAACCACACGGUGUACCGCAUCUCCGCCCCGACGCCCGAGGAGAAGGAGGAGUGGGUCAAGCGCAUCAGGGCAGCCAUCAGCAGGGACCCCUUCUACGAGAUGCUGGCCACGCGGAAGAAGAAGGUGUCCUCUACCAAGAGACACUGAGCGCGGCCCUGCCUCCUGCCGGCUCCGCCGUCGGUUCAGUGGAGCCGGCAGGCGGCGCUCGGGCGAAGGGAGCUCCGUCAGAGCCGCGGUCUCCGCUCAGCGCCGCGGCCGCGGCCGGGGACAGUGCCGCUCGGUCUCCCGGGAGGAAGCUCCGGCCCACCCAGGACCCGUGCUCCCAGAGGGUCCCGUCGGGAAAGCGCAUGGAAGAGAAGCCACGUCCUAUGAAGAUAUAUUUUUAUUUUGUUUUCUUAAAGAGGAAGACGAAGCAGAGUGUGCAUCCCGCCCGUUGGCAGGCGGCCUCUCCCCGGGCAGCUGCCAAGGGCGUGGGCCCUGGGCCGGCGGCAGAGGAGCGGUGGGGACCUGACCCUGGCACACUGCGGGCGGCGUGUCCCGGGCGCCAGACCCUCGUGCUGCUCGGCUCGGCAUCCACGCCCGCAGGGCUUUAGGGUGGAAAGCGUGUGUCUGCGCCAAACGCCUAAUAACAGGACUGCGGUGGCCGCGGAGCCCGGCGCCGGAGGUCCCGUGUGGCUCUGCUCCCCGGGAGGGCGGCCUCCCCUCCCGGCUGCACUUCCUGCGCACCCUCCCGGGCACGGCCCCGUCAGCCCGCGGCGGGAGCCGGGUGCAGCGGCUGUGCCGUGGCUUCGCUGUCCUCUGGCGGGGCGGGUCGCCCUCCGCCUGUGGAGGGCCUGGCCCUGCUUCUCUCAGGGACUGGCUCCUGUCGCCGCAGCCGGACAGGAGGGCCCGCAUCUCUGCAAACAGCUUUCGAAAGGGCAGGCGGGAGGUGGGGUCUGCCCUCCCCGCUCCCCCCGGACAGGGCCUCCCUGGAGUGGCUUCUGCGCUUUUACGCCGGAGCCGCCGAGGCGACAGGUCCGGCUGGACCCUGACCUCCGGGCCGAGCGGAGCCCUCCUGCCGGCGUCAGUGUUAGUCUAUUUAUCAGAGUGUAAAUUAUCUGUAUAGUUUUCUCCUUUCAGAUUAUUUUGUAUUUGUUUAAAAAAAGUUUGUCAAAAUAUAAAAUAUAAAGAAAGCUGUGGACAGGGUUUUUAAAGAAUUACAAUUAUCAUCCCAGUGGUUUUGUUUGGUUGGGCUUUUCUUUGUAAACCAGCGCCAAGAAAGCGCAGCAAAUAAACUCGUCUGCCC